CUCCAGUCGUGCCUCAUGAUUAAGGCAGCGUAUGCAUAGAAUAAGCUACCUGCCUGAGUACGUGAACGCUAAACCCCACCAAGCCAAAGAUCCACCAACCCCUCCCCUCGAUAUCGUUUUCGUUCCAUCUGCUUCCUCGCACACACCGCUUCUCCUUCUUCCUCUCUCCUCUUUAACCCAUCUCUUCUUCUACUACUCCAUUGCCAUUACUCUGAUCUAUCCAGAGUGAUUGAUUGCUCUUCAUCUUCUUUCUUUCUUCUUUGAUCUUGAUAUCAAGAUUCGGAAGUUCCCUUCAUCGUACCCCUCCAUCUACAGAGGAUUCCAUCACGCAAUCGGCGUUGACACCAUCGUGAACAAAUUUUCUCUUUCUCCCUCAACACGAACCUCAACCGCCACCAUGGUUCAAUCGUGAGUACUCCCAAUGAUCGUUGAUGCCAGCAUGCUAAUAUUCCAUCUUCUGCAGAUCCAUCCUCGGUUUCCCUCGCAUGGGUGUCAACCGUGACUUGAAGAAGGCCACUGAAGCAUACUGGGGAGGCAAGCUCUCUCAAGCUGAGCUCCUCGCUGAGGGCAAGAGACUCCGUUUGGAGCACUGGAACAUCCAAAAGAAGGCCUGUGUCGAUGUUAUCCCAAGCAACGACUUCGCUCUCUACGAUCAAGUCCUCACUCACAUCCAAGAUUUCGGCGUAAGUUCUGGCUCUCAAGUGAAUCAUCUUGCGAUGCUAAUUGUAUCCUCUCUGCACAGGCCGCCCCUCCUAGAUACACAAGCCAAGGCCUCGAUGCUGUUGACGAAUACUUUGCUAUGGGUCGUGGUCACCAGAAGGAUGGUGUUGACGUGCCAAGUUUGGAAAUGGUGAAGUGGUUUGACUCCAACUACCACUACGUCAAGCCAACUUUCCAAGAUGGACAAACCUUCAAGCUCAACCCAAACCCAAAGGCUGUUGUUGAGUUCCUCGAGGCCAAGGAGGCUGGUAUCAUUACCCGUCCUGUUCUUGUCGGCCCAGUCUCUUUCCUUGCUCUCGGAAAGCCAGACCGUGACCAAUCCGUUGACCCAAUUGACCUCCUUGAGAAGCUCAUCCCAAUCUAUGAGGAGAUCCUCACCAAGCUCAAGGCUGCUGGUGCUGAAACUGUUCAAAUCGACGAGCCAACUCUAGUUUUCGAUUUGCCAUCCAAGGUCAAGGCUGCUUUCAAGCCAACGUACCAAAAGUUUGCCAGCCUAGGCGACAAAAUCCCCAAGCUCGUUUUCGCUACCUACUUUGGUGAUAUUGUUCACAACAUUGAUGCCGUUCCAACUGGCGUCUACGCUGUCCACGUCGACUUGGUCCGGAACCCAGAGCAGCUCGACACUGUCAUUGGUGCUUUAGGACCAAAGACUAUCCUCUCUGCUGGUGUUGUUGAUGGCCGUAACAUCUGGAAGACCAACCUCAAGAAGGCUAUUGAGACUGUUGAGACUGCAAUUCAAAAGCUCGGCAAAGACCGUGUCAUUGUUGCUACCUCCAGCUCCCUUCUCCACACCCCACACACCCUCGCAAGCGAGAAGAAGCUUGACCCCGAGAUCGCUGAUUGGUUCUCUUUCGCCGUUGAAAAGGCAUCCGAGGUCGCCGUUAUUGCCAAGGCUGUCACCGAAGGCCCAGCUGCUGUUCGUGCUGAGCUAGAGGCCAACGCUAAAUCAGUUCAAGCCCGUGCCAGCUCCAGCCGCACCAACGACCCCAAGGUCAAGGAGCGUCAAUCCAAGAUUACCCCCGAUUUCUACAAGCGCAAGAGCGAGUUCCCUGUCCGUAUCGCUGCUCAAGAAAAGUCAUUAGGCCUUCCUCUUUUCCCAACCACUACCAUCGGUUCUUUCCCUCAAACCAAGGAGAUCCGUAUCCAGCGUAACAAGUUCACCAAGGGUGAGAUCACUGCUGAGGAGUACGAGAAGUUCAUCGAGAGUGAGAUCAGAGAUGUCGUCAAGAUCCAAGAGGAGCUUGACCUUGAUGUCUACGUUCACGGUGAACCUGAGCGAAAUGACAUGGUGCAAUACUUCGGUGAGCGCCUCGAUGGUUAUGCCUUCACCACCCACGCCUGGGUUCAAUCUUACGGAUCUCGAUGCGUUCGUCCUCCAAUCGUUGUUGGUGACAUCUCUCGUCCUGCACCAAUGACUGUUAAGGAGUCCAAAUACGCCGUCUCCAUUUCCAAGAAGCCAAUGAAGGGUAUGUUGACUGGUCCAAUCACCUGUCUCCGUUGGUCAUUCCCUCGUGACGAUGUCCAUCAAUCCGUCCAAGCCGAGCAACUUGCUCUUGCUCUCCGUGAUGAGGUUGUUGAUCUCGAGGCUGCUGGUGUCUAUGUCAUCCAAGUCGAUGAGCCAGCUCUCCGUGAGGGUCUUCCUCUCCGUGCUGGCAAGGAGCGUGAGGCAUACCUCGACUGGGCUGUCAAGUCUUUCCGUCUCUCCGUUUCCGGUGUUCAAGACUCCACUCAGAUCCACUCUCACUUCUGUUACUCUGAGUUCCAGGAUUUCUUCCACGCCAUUGCUGCUCUUGACGCUGAUGUUCUCUCUAUUGAGAACAGCAAAUCUGAUGCCAAGCUUCUCAAGGUCUUUGUUGAUGAGGCAUACCCACGUCACAUCGGUCCAGGUGUCUAUGACAUCCACUCUCCUCGUGUUCCAAGCGAGCAAGAGAUCAAGGACAGAAUUGAGGAGAUGUUGCAAUUCCUCAAGCCAGAGCAACUUUGGAUCGAUCCUGACUGUGGUCUUAAGACUCGUCAAUGGGCUGAGACCAAGGCUGCUUUGACCAACAUGGUGAACGCCGCCAAGUUCUUCCGUGCCAAAUAUGCCAAAUAGAGGCACUAUUUGCUUUUAAUAUUUCUUUUUGUAUGGGGAUUUACGACAUAAUGGACUUGAGGUCUUUUGAACCUAACAGUGGAGACGAUCUCAACAUCGGCGUUUCUGGUCAGGUAUGAAGAUAAAAGUUUUUAAAGUGUCAUGAGUAGCGGGUUUGUGAAUUUCAACAGCAUUGGGCGGGGCGGGAAAUGAUGAUCCAUAUCAACCGGACAUCUAAGAUGGUAUUGGGCAAGGCGUUUUGAUCAGCGGUGAAGACUUUGACUUUUGAAAUCACUUGUGAAAUACGGGAGUAAAGCAUGUGCUCUUGAGGAUGGUGAUCCUCGUAGAAUAUCGA